AAGGAGAAGAAAAAAAUGAAAAGAAAGGAAAAAAGGGGAGAAAGAAGAAAAAGAAAAAAAGAGAGGAAGAGAAGAAAGAAAAAGGGGAAAAAGAAAGAAGAAAAAGAAAGAGAGGAAAAGAAGAAAAGAAAGGGAGAAAGAAAAAAAAUAAAAAGAAAAAAAAAAAAGAGAAAAGAAAAAUGAAAAAGAAGAAAGAAAGAGAAGAGAAAAUGAGAGAAAGGAGAAAGGAGAAGAAAGAAAGGAAAAAGAGAAAAAGAAAAAAGAAAAAAAAGACAAAAGGGGGAAGAGGAAAAAAGAAAGAGAAAGAAAAGAAGAAAGAGAAGGAAAAAAAAAAGAAGAAGAAAAAAAAGAAGAAAGGAGAGAAAAAAGAUAGUGAAAGGGACGGUGAGAGGGCCAGUGAGAGGGUGG